AGAAAUCACUUGAAUCCAACCACAGCGUCAUGGGAGUGUUCAUAAAAGCCCAGAGAGACCCCUUAACACCACACCAAAUAUCAGAUUCUAACAUUAUUGAGGUGUCAGGGAAUCUCAUUGGUGCAGGAUUAACCACGACAAAGGGCACGAUCUCUGGUUUCUUUCUUCUACUAAUGAACCAUCCAGAUAUUCAAGUAAAACUUCAAGAAGAAGUUGACAAAGUAGUUGGCAAAGACCGGAAUCCAAGUGUUGACGAUAAAGAUGACAUGCCGUACCUUCAAGCGACGCUUAUUGAAGUGUUACGUUAUUUGUCCCAUGCACCAAUUGCUGUCCCGCAUAAAACAAUGGUAGACACAAGCAUUGCAGGAUACCAUAUCCCAAAGGGAAUACAGGUUUGGACGAACAUAUUUGCGAUGCACCAUGAUCCCUCAUUGUUUCCUGAUCCUUGGCAGUUUAAGCCAGAACGUUGGUUGGAUGAUGACGGUAAACUGGUAUCUUUGGAGGAACGAAACAAAGCUAUCUCAUUUGGAGCUGGCC